UCUGCUCAGGCAGUACGCGAAAUUAUCACUGACUCUGCCCUCGUGCAAACUCCUGCUCAUCACGUUUAUUUAAAAGAAGAUGUCCACAGCCUCCCUGAACUUCCAUUUCCUGGUGUUUUGCGUUGCAUUCCAGGAAAUGCUGUGGCUGGUAAUGGCGAUGAAUUCAGCCAUCUCAGACUUUCUCCCUUGCAGUUUAUGCUACAAACUCUGGAGCACUCCAUUUAGUUGA